AUAGAAGAAGAAAAAAGCCGUACGUCUGUAAUCGUUUUCUCAAGCAAAAGCACAUUAAAAAUAAAACAAUUUGCCAAAAAAUAUAAAAAAAUAAUUAAAAUAUAAAAUUAUAGAAAUAUAAAAUAAAAAAAUGUCUAUUGGUGUACCCAUUAAAGUGCUGCACGAGGCAGAAGGUCAUAUUAUAACAUGUGAAACUAUAACCGGUGAAGUUUAUCGUGGAAAAUUAAUUGAAGCUGAAGACAAUAUGAAUUGCCAAAUGACACAAAUAUCGGUAACUUAUCGUGAUGGACGCACGGCAAAUUUGGAAAAUGUUUAUAUACGGGGAUCGAAAAUACGUUUUCUUAUACUGCCGGACAUGUUGAAAAAUGCACCCAUGUUUAAGAAACAAACGGGCAAGGGACUGGGUGGUACCUCGGGUAGAGGCAAAGCUGCUAUAUUACGAGCGCAAGCCCGAGGUCGUGGCAGAGGUGGUCCCCCUGGUGGUGGACGCGGUGGUCCACCAGGUGCUCCCGGUGGUGGACGUGGUGCUUGGCAAGGUGGUCCUACCGGCGGUCGUGGUCGUGGUGGUUUAUAAAUAUUAGACCUCUAUUAUGUUUCCAGGGAAAUAUCAUACUUUCUUGGAAACACAUAUUUAAACAAAAUAUUUUUCUUUUAAGUAAUUUAAUUUUUAUAAGUCCCUCAAAGAUUUUGAAGUUUUUUUCUCUAUAUUAUAAGUUGUGUACCAUAAUGUUACUAUUUGUAGUAGCAAUUAAUAAAACCAUGAUGAAGUGAACUACUGAAUUU